GUCAUCACGGAGGACUGGAGUAGAGAGAGGGGCAGGGACAGAGGUGGGAGGGACGGGCAGCUCAGACAGGGGCUCAAGGAUGGUCAUCUUUUCCCAGUAGGACGCUGAGAGGGAGGGAGAGAAGGACAUGUACAGAGUGACGGAAAGUGGAAGUAAUGAAAGAGGGCACCUGUUGAGUAAGAGGGACGACAUGCUAUCCUCAACGACGGCAACAACAAUGAAGGAAAUACACCCGAAACGGAGACAUCGCCUCGCGAGGGCGCAGCUGAAUAAACUGGAGGCCACCUUCAACAAACAUGGCGGCUACAUCGACUUUGCCGACAUAGACGCCCUUGCUCAGGAGUUAGAUCUGGACGAAGCCUACGUUAGGAAAUGGUUUUACAACAGGAGGGCAAGAGCUAAACGAAAGGACGGCAGCAUGCUAUCAUCAACAUCGGCAACAACAACAAUGGUUAACCUACCCCCCAAACGACGGACACAUGACUUCACGAAGGCGCAGCGGCAUAAACUACAGGCAACUUUCAACAAAUAUUCUGGCUUUAUCGACGUUGCCACUAAAGACGAUCUUGCCCGGGAGUUUGACGAGGACGAAGCCUUGAUUAGGAGAUGGUUUCGCAACAGGAGGGCACAAGCUAAACUAAAGAACAAAAUGCUAUCCUCAACAACGGCAACAACAACAGAGAACAUACACCCAAAACGGCGGGGACGUCCCUUUACGAGGGCGCAGCGGAAUAUACUGGAGGCAAGUUUCAACAAAAAUAACGGCUACAUCGGACGUGCCGACAAACACGACCUUGCUCAGGAGUUAGAUCUGGACGAAGCCUCUGUUAAGGCAUGGUUUGAGAGCAGGAGGGCGAAAGUUAGACGACAAAUAAAACCAACCACAUCAGAAAUAAGAGAUGCAGUCGCUCAAACACCUGCCAUGGAAACGACGUCGGCGAAACAAAGUACAGGUAACAGACAGCUGUUCGACCUGAGCAAGCUACAGCCAGAGCAGAGCAUCAUAAAUACUGGCAGAUGCUUUGGACUCAGAAAGGAGGUACAAAAUCAGCAAAGUGGACUGCCUUCAAAACAGUCUCAUACAACUGAAAUUGGAAAACCGGAAGCUGACAGUUUGUCUUCCGUGGCCGCCAGCCUCGACGGGAGAUCGGAAAAUACUUGCAAAGACGUCAAUUUCACUGGACUGCUAGGUACACCAAAGGCAUCUAACACUGGAAUUGCCGACAAACAGGUUUCAAGUCCGCUAAUGGUUUAUAAUAUACAGAAAUUCAGCCCAACGGCUGUGUCUAGGGUACUUCCCGUGAACGAAAACCCACGAGACCAUUAUGAUGGUCGGCAUGUCAUGAAAACAGGGACACCACAUUUGCCACACGAAAGGCCUUCCACGAAACUCAGAGGAAUAGUUCCCAAAUCAGCCGUGUCAUCAUCCCCUUCAGAGAGACAAGGUCAAGGUCACCCACAAGAUGGCGAUGAGUGUUCAAAUGCACCUUCGUCUAAUGAGCAGCUUAGGUCUCACAGCGAAAACAGUGGCAAGUGUCCACGCCAUGUGCCAAUGUCAACACAGCUUCCAUCCAAGUCUGUGAUGGAUCGGACUCAAAAGACAGUGGUUCCAGAUAAAGAUACCCUUGUUCACGAGGGUUUACCCGGCGAAAUCACGGACGACAUGCUAUCCUCAACGACGGCAACAACAAUAACGGUCAUACACCCGAAACGGCGGAAACUACACUACACGAAGGCGCAGUCAAAUAAACUGGAGGCAACCUUAAACAAAAAUGACGGCUACAUCGACCCUGCCGAGAGAGACGCCCUUGCUCAGGAGUUACAUCUCGACAAAGAAUCGAUUUGGAUGUGGUUUUGCAACAGAAGGUCAACAGUCAAAGGAAAGGACGACAUGCUAUCCUCAACAACGGCAACAACAAUAGAGAACAUACCCCCGAGACGACGGAGACGUCGCUUCACGGUGGCGCAGCUGAGAAAACUAGAGGCAAGUUUCAACAAGAAUGAAGGCUACAUCGACUCUUUCGACAAUGCCGACCUUGCUCAGGAGCUAGAUCUGGACGAACCCUCUGUUAGGAUAUGGUUUCAGAACAGGAGGGCGAAAGUUAAACGACAAAUAAAACCAACCACAUCUUGGUUUGCACAUCCGAUACACCCAUCAGUCGCACAAACACCUGCCAUGGAAACGACGGCACCGACACAAAGUACAGGUUACAGGAAGCCGUUCGACCUAAGCAACCUACAACCAAAGCAGAACAUCAUAAACACUGGCACAUGCUUUAAUAGCAGAACAAAGUUGCAAAGUCAACAGAGUGGUCUGCUUCCAAAUCAUUGCUACAAACAGUCUCAUACAACUGAAAUUAGAAAACCGGAAGCUGACAGUUUCUCUUCCGCGGCCGUCAGCCUCGACGGGAGAUCGGAAAAUACUUGCAAAGGCAGUGCGUCAGACGUCAAUUACACUGGACUGCUAGGUAAACCCAAACUGGACAAAGUUUCUAACCAGAUAUCCGUCGAAGCACCUUAUACUGGAAUUGGCGACAAACAGGUCUCAAGUCCGCUAAUGGUUUAUAAUGUACAGAAAUUCAACCCAGCGGCUGUGCCUAGGGUUCUUCCGGUGAAAGAAAACCCACGAGACCAUUAUGAUGGUUGGCAUGUCACGAAAACAGGGACACCACAUUUGCCACACGAAAGGCCUUCAACGAAACUCAGAGGAAUGCUUCCCAAAUCAGCCUUGUCACCAUCCCCUUCAGAGAGACAAGGUCAAGGUCACCCACAAUAUGGCGACGGGUGUUCAAAUGCACCUUCCUCUAAUGAUCAGAUUAGGUCUCACAGCGGAAACAGUGGCAUGUGUCUACCCCAUGUGCCAAUGUCAACACAGCUUCCAUCCAAGUCUGUGAUGGAUCGGACUCAAAAGACAGUGGUUCCAGAAAAAGAUACCCUUGUUGACGAAGGUUUACCCGGUGAAAUCACGGUCGAACCCAAGGAGUAUGAUGAUUUAAACAACUACUCCCAUCAAGAGCUGAGCAGUGUAGAGCGUUCUCUGGACACUGACGAUCCCAACACUCAACACCCUGCCCUGGAUAAAGUCAGUUUCUUCAGCGCCAUGUGUGAGAUAGACACGGACUGGACUCCACUGCCCGAUGACGUGGCUGUGAUGUUCAACAGCUACAGGGAGAGUCCAGACUGUUCAGGGGGCGUCGAUAUCACAGACGCUGCCGAAUCAGAAGCUACAGUUAUGGAGAAGAACGUCUAUUUGCCUAUACUCCCGUGUUGAUGAUUGGCGUGUCAAUGGUUGAGACAUUUCAGACAUGUUGUUAAGAAACACUUUAUACGACCCCUCCAGAAACUCCAUCUUGGACGCGUAUUUAUUGUCAAUCCCAGGGGCAGUGGGGUGGGCCAAUGGUUAAAGCGUCCGCUCAUCACGCUGAAGACCCGGGUUCAGUUCUCCAUAUGGGUACAAUGUGUCAGGUUCAUAUAUGGUGUCCACCGCCGUGAAAUUGCUGGAAUGUUGCAAAUGCGGCGUAAAACCAUACUCACUCACUACCGUCAGUCCUGAUUAGAUGGUUUCACUUUUCGUGUAAGUUUGAGAGGUUUCAAAUGGUUUGCCUAGUCCACCAGUCCAGCAGCAACGCCAUUUUGGACACACGUUUUAAACUUCUAGGCCGUCACACAAUCAUAAUGUAAUGCUGUAUAAUAAUUUAUAUCAUCAUAUGUGUUUUAACGUUUUUGUUGAUCCAAACAGAAAAUAAAACGGUUUUAUUGAAUGGUGA